AUUCCUAAAUAAAAGAAUGUGCGGUCGACAGAUAUCAAUUUAAUCUGGUUUCAGUUAAUUACUCUCUCAGUGAGUGAUCGUUUACAACUAAAAUUGACACAGCAGAUUAUCGCCAAUAAGUAGCAAUUAACUCUUUCCUUUUUUAAUUUUAUUUUAAUUAACAAAUCGAAACAAAAUGAGCGUUGACGAGUGUAAAGCAUUUACUUUUAAACUGUAUGUCUUCAAAAAUCAAAAGGAGGAUGAAAUUCGCAAAUUUGGCCUAAAGACGAACGAACUUUCUUUUGAGAAAAUGGAGGAAACGUUAAAGGAAAUUUUCCCUUCGAACGAAUCCAAAUUUACUUUGCUAUGGAAAGAUCAGGAAAACGAUAUGAUAACAUUAUCAAGUUCAAGAGAAUUCUCAACGUUCGUCGAAGACAUUAUGAAAUCAUCGGAUGAGGAAGUAAAACUCUAUCUUAAUAUUGAAAGCGAAUUGUUUUCUAUUUCGAAGAAAUUUGAAAAUUGUGAUUUAAAUCUUAACUACACUUGCAAAACUUGUAAGAAGACUAUAAUUCCAAAAUGUCUGGAUUGUAUCAAGCAGAAUUUACCACAAGAACGUAAAAUACUGAAUAUUGUUGAUAAGUCCUUGAGCAACAUAAAUCGAGCAGAUGAUAAUAAGACUGAAGGAAAAACUGUAAAUACCAUCAAUACAUUGAGUACAGUGACACCGAAUAAUAGUCAAAAGAUUCCUUUUUGUUUCGGCAUUAAUUCAUCAGUAAAUUUACCAUCGAAUUCUGAAAAUAAAAUCCCUAUUGUUUUCGGCUCACCAGCAGGAACUUCUACAAAUAUGUUCAAAUAAAGUGUUCAAGUUGAACUCACAAUCAGUAUUAAAAGUUAAAAGUAUUAUUCUUUUUUAAAAUAAAUUUACUAAUUGUUAGAAUAAUUAUUUUUCAUACAUAAACAUUAAACUACGAAAUCUCGACUGAAAUAUUAUAUUUAUGACUCGAAGUUUAUAAAAAAUAAUCGCAACGACGAUAUAAAGUAAUAAAGUUUAAUUUUUAUAAUACUUGUACUGAACAAUAAAAAUUAUUUUUUAGAAUAUAAAUUUGCAAACUUGAUUUGUAAACGGUGUAUUUUUUAAUUUUUUUUAAAUCUCCAACAGUUGAGAUUCUAACCUUACCUGAGAAGUGAACAGGCGGUCAGUGUGAAAGCACUGAUGUGUGAAAGGUGCUAAGUGCCGGUUGUUUAUAAAGAUACAAAGACUUUUAGUUAAAAACAAAGCAACAAAAUGAGUUUGUGGGUUGAUAAAUACCGUCCUACGAGUCUUAAUAAAUUGGAUUAUCAUACACAGCAAGCGGAGUACCUAAAAAACAUGGUUCAAAAAGGCGAUUUUCCGCAUUUGCUUGUUUACGGACCACCGGGUGCUGGUAAAAAGACUCGAAUAAUGUGCAUAAUAAAGGAGCUCUAUGGAAGCGGUAUUGAGAGAGUUCGAACGGAAAAUAUGCAGUUUGAGACUCCGUCCAAGAAGAAACUUGAGAUAAUGACAAUAAGCAGUAAUUAUCAUAUUGAAGUAAACCCGAGCGAUGUGGGAAUUUAUGAUCGAGUGGUGAUAAUGGACUUGGUUAAAACCACCGCUCAAACUCAUCAAAUUGAUCCAACUGGCCAAAAGGAGUUUAAAGUCGUGUUACUAACAAACGUAGAUCAACUGACAAAAGAUGCCCAGCAUGCUCUACGUCGAACAAUGGAAAAAUACAUAUCAACUUGUCGAUUGAUUCUCUGUGCAAAUUCGACUUCGAGAGUUCUUCCAGCAAUUAGAUCUCGUUGCUUAGGAAUUCGAGUGCCCGCGCCCACUGUACCUGAAGUGAAAAAUAUUCUCCACUCUAUUAUUAAACGUGAAGGGCUCAAUUUACCUGAUGAAUUAGCAACCCGUUUAGCUGAAACGAGCGAGAGAAAUUUACGAAGAGCGAUAUUGAUGCUAGAAGCCUGCAAAGUUGAACAAUAUCCUCUUACGGCUGAUCAAAAAAUCACCGAACCUGACUGGCAAAUUUACAUUCGCCAAACUGCAAAGUUGAUGAUUACCGAACAAAGUCCUAAAAAAUUGUUAGAAAUUCGCAACAGACUUUACGAAUUACUAACUCAUUCUAUUCCCUGUGAUUUGAUAUUCAAAGGUCUAUUGCAAGAGUGCAUAAAGAAUUGCGAUCUACAAUUAAAAAUGGAAAUAGCAACAGUUGCCGCUGAAUACGAGCAUCGAAUGCAUCGUGGAUCAAAGGCAAUUUUCCACUUGGAAGCAUUCGUCGCAAGAUUUAUGAGUAUUUAUAAAAAAUUCCUAGACUCCUCUCUCGAAGGUUUUGUCUAAUAUCAAGAAAACGACAUUAAAUUCUAGAUAAUCUCUCUUUUUAUUUAAUAAAACUGCUUAAAUUUUGUAAGUGAUAUUUUUUAAUAAAUAACUUUAUUCUAUA